CAUGGCGCCCUCCGAUUUUUCCUUCCACCACUCGGACCUGAUGGGCUCACACGCCGCCGGACCCACCUCCCGGUUCCCCGACUGGGCCCUGCUCUGCGAGCGGCCGCGUUUCUCCAAGCUCCGCAACGAGACCACCGCCGAGUGCGAGACCGCCGAGGGCCAAACCGUGGAGGUGUCCUUCUGGCUCGUCCACCCGCCCGGCGUCUCCUACUUCACCCUCAACUGCCCCGGCCUCCACGCCUCCGCCUUGGACGACUACGCGCCGCCCUCCCUCGUCUCCGCCGGGGCCGCCUUCGUCCUCUUCAGCCUCACAUUCUGGGGCUCCACCCACCACUUCGUCUACAAAGCCGCCCCGGCAGGGGAGCAGUCACUGCAACUGCUACCGGACCCUCCAGCCCCCAGAAGACGCCGGUUCGGCCUCUUGCCCCGCGGCGACGAUGGCGAGCACUUCGCCGUGGCCUACCUCGACCGCCAGUGGGUCUCCCAGGACGACGAUUGGCGGUUUGAUGCGCACGUCUAUUCGUCUGAAACGCAGGCAUGGAGCAGCCACAGGUUGUCGUUGCAGCACUUAUCCCAGUCUCACAAGCUCAUGUGUUGUCAUCACAGAUUGUACUACAGGCAUAUCGCCGUUGCAGGCUCACUGGGCUGGGUUGAUCUCCUGCAUGGUGUCCUCCUCCUUGGGAACCUGUUUGACGGGGAUCCUGUCAUUGGGUUUAUCCCAUUGCCCGAAUCAAGGGUUAACUUUCUCGACGAGGAUGGUCUUCCUCACCGUGCCUCGGAGUAUUAUUGCAACGUGGCCUGCUGUGAUGAUCUCCUCAAAUUCAUCGAGAUAGAAUUUGACGACCCAGUUGUCAGGACCAACCGUAAAGGUUGGAGAGCCAAUGUGUGGAACAGGAAGAUCUCUUGGAACAAGUGGGAGCUCUGCUCCACAGUUGAUGUUGCUAAAAUCUCAGUGGACCAAAGUUAUUCUGUUUUAUUGCCUCAGGUGCGGACUGACGAGCCACACAAACUGGACUUGCAGAAACUGAUUUUCUAUGCCCCAGUGCUGAGCACCCGCGAUGACAAUCUUUUUUACAUGAUGGCCAAGGUGAAUGCUGAAGAUGAGACUGCCUGGGCCAUUGCAGUUGACAUGGAAUGUGCGGCUGUGGAAGCAAUGGCCCCGAUUAUUCUCGGACAAGACCACUACCACAUUGCAAUGUUCUGUCCAUGCGACCUCCCCAAGUACCUCAACAUGACUAUGACCCCAGACAUGGAUAAUCCAGCGGACAAGUGCUCUAAGCGGAUGUCUGUUGCCAGGUUGAGUGCGAAGCAGUGUGUGGUGCAAGUGCUGUGGACUUUAGACUGGCUUCGAGAACUUGAUCAAUGCUUGGAAAUCGAGAGGUCAACUUACCAUACAGGCAGAUUAUUACUUCAGUUUUCGCCAGUAUCAUCUCUGCGUUCCAGUAUCAGACCAAUGGUAAGAUAUGCUUCCUAUAAUGGUCAAGGUGAAGCUGCAUCGAAGGCUGUGGAUUUUUGCCUGAGAGCUUUGGAAGAUUUCGACUUGGCUCUAUACGGAUCACCGAGUGACCCAUCAGCAUCUGCUGAAGUCAUGCGUAGCAAAAUCAGUGAUGUCAUUCAAGCUUUGGACAACAUCAUGCAAAUUGUGCCAUCAACACUGAUACCAAAAGAAAGGAUUCUCGGAGAUGCCAGCGACCAAAAAAGAUCAAAGGCAACAUCUGAAACUCGUGAGAAGCCAAUCGAGACAAAGAAUACAUCCCAUGGGUGGCUGCAGGUGAGAUUCAAGCCCAUUCAUCAGGAGAGGUAUCAACGUGGCAGGAGAUGGAGGAAAGCUAGCCGUGAACAACGAGCUGUGGUCGAUACGAAGGAUACACCUGACAAGUGGCAGAAAGGGAAAUUCAAGCACGGUGACUCUCGAAGGGAGAAGGCGGUGGUCCCGGGUGGCUGGUUGCUGUCUUUCUUCUUGCUGAUAUCGAUAGCCGUCGUUAUGUCUUCUUCCCGCCGUUAUGUAAUGGAGUUCGUAUCUUACUGACACGGAAUGUCUGUAGAAACCUAAGCUUAUUGUAGAUGGAGUGUUUAGUUAUGGUUUCGGCCGUGGUUAAUGUAUUGACAUGAUGCUUAUGUGAGGGUGCUGGUUGCUGCUACCUACUUAGUAGACGCCUAGUAGUAGCACUACAUAUGUUGUUGCUACUUGCUACCUUCUUGCUGCUUGGGUGCAUGAAGAAACUGGUGGCAGGUUGUGCUCUUCUAAGUUAACUGCAAUUAGAACCCCAAAUCUCAA